CCCUUAGUUCCGAUGACUUGCCGCCGACAACGCUGCCGCUGCCAAUUGCCCUUGUCUCGGGAAGCGACGAGAGGCUGCAGCUGCAUCUUCUUCUGAACCUUUUGCCCACUUUGCACUUCGAGGCCUCGAUAUCGUUGCCGAGUGAGAUAAGUCUCGGCAACGAGGCUAUAAGUAGGCGCUCAGGGCAAGAUGGGACUUCUAAAGGAACCGCCUGGAGCUUUUCCUCUUGAUCCAACCGCUUGCCUCUUCCUCCCCUUUCCUCUUCGACACGACACCUCAACAAGUCCAUUGAUAUCCUGCAAUGGCGGCCUCUGUAGCUCAGGUCCUCUCCCCAGGAGUAGGAUGGGCCGUAGUCAUCUGUCUCGGUGUCGCCUUCUCAGGGCUGAUGCUGCUCAUCAUCUUUGUGCAGAAUCGAUACGCACCCACCGCACACGGUAGCGCCGAUAACGACGAAUUCUCUUCCGCCUCGCGAUCAGUCAAGCCCGGUCUCAUUGCCUGUGGUAUCGUAUCUGCUUGGACCUGGGCCGCGACGCUAGAGCAGUCGGCCGCUGUGGCCUACAAGUAUGGUGUUUCUGGCCCCUACUGGUAUGCGGCAGGCGCAACUGUUCAGGUCCUCUUGUUCGCAAUCAUCGGUUCGAACCUGAAGCUCAACGCGCCCUUCGCUCAGACCUUCCUCCAGGUCAUUCGCGUCAGGUGGGGCAAGCCCAUACAUUGCAUGUACGUGGCAUACUCUCUAGGGACCAAUGUCCUCGUCUCUUCCAUGCUUGUUCUGGGAGGAGCUGAGACUGUCAAUGCGCUCACCGGGAUGCCCGUUCUGGCCGCCGGAUUCAUCACCCCAAUCGGCAUUGCCUGCUACGUCUUGAUCGGUGGUCUACGAGCCUCCUUUGUGGCAGACUACACCCACACUGCAGUCCUCGUCGCCAUCAUCUUGGCCUUUGGCUUCACUGUGUACGGCUCUAGCGAGAAGAUCGGAAGCUUCUCAAGGAUGGAAGAGCUCCUCCGAUCUGCUGCUCCCGUCGAGGGCAAUGCCAAGGGAUCCUACCUCACCAUGAGGUCGCAGAAUGGUCUCAUCUUCGGCAUUAUCAACAUUUGCGGUAACUUCGCUACCGUCUUCCUGGACCAAAGUUAUGCUCAACGUGCCAUUGCCUCUCGCGGAGAGAGCGCUACAAAGGGCUUCCUCUUGGGUGGAAUGGCCUGGUUCGCUGUGCCCAUGGCCAUUGCGAGCUCCCUCGGUCUGGCUGCGAGGGCCCUUGAAGGCAAUGACCCCGACAUGGCCAUCCUGUCGGCAUCCGAUGUCUCUGCUGGACUUCCUGCGCCAGCUGCUGCUGCUGCGCUGCUAGGCAAGUCCGGAGCCAUCAUGAUGCUCAUCCUUCUCUUCCUCGCCGUCACCUCUGCUCUAGCUGCUCAACUAGUGGCCGUGUCCAGUGUCAUCACCUUCGACAUCUUCCAGCCUUACAUCAAGCCCAAUGCCACGGGCAAGCAGCUCUUCUUUGUCUCUCACGCUGGAGUCUGCUUCUGGGCCAUCUGCUGUGGUGUGCUUGGCUUGAUCUGGAAGUACAUCGGAGUAGGUCUUGGCUGGAUCUACGUCAUGAUGGGCUGCGUCGUUGGCCCCAGUGUCUUCCCCGUCUUUGCUUGCAUUGCCUGGUCGAGGGUGAACAAGACGUCCGCACUCGUUGGCACCUUGGUAGGAGAGGUGUGCGCCAUUGUCGCAUGGCUCGUCAGCGCUUCUCAAUUGGAAGGAGAACUGAGCAUCGACACUACCAACGCCAACAACCCUCUGCUGGCCGGCAACUUGAUCGCCGUCCUGCUCCCCGUCCUCAUCAUUGUCCCCUGGAGUCUGAUCUCUCCCGACAACUACGACUGGGAGGGCACACGAGCCAUCAAUGCACCUUGGACAAAGACGAACUCGCAGACCAGCAGCACUCAUGAGGACACUUCUUCGCAAGACGAAAAGGUACCAAGUGGUACGCCUCCUAAUGAAAAGGCCACCCUUGCAGUUGCUGAGAAGUCGGCCGGCGAACCUGGGUACAACGUCGAAGUGGCAGGGUACGAACGAUUGCACCUGCUGCGAAGUGCUGGUCUGGACCCCGAGAAGCUCGUUGCGUCUAGGCGAAUGGCAUACAGGGCUGCAAUUGUCCUCACAUUUGUCCUGGUCAUCUUCAUUCCUUGCAUGACAGUCAUUGCAGAGACUUGGACCGCUGCAGGUCUGGGCGUUUGGAUUUCGAUCGUUCUCGGAUGGCUCUUUGUCACCGCAGGCAUCGUUGUUGUCCUGCCCCUGUGGGAGUCGCGAGAGGCCCUGGGCAAGAUGCUCAAGGGAUUCGCAAAGGACUUGGCUGGUGGCAAGGGAAAGGCCACCCCGUGAGAACUUAGGCUGGUGGGUUGGCCGUGAUGGUCCUCUUGCCAUGGAGUUCCAGCAACGAACGCGGAGCCCUGAGCGAUGAUGGAGUAGAGUGCUUUUUGUCACCCCUUGUAUGUCUCGUCAAUGUCACAAAUACCUUCGCUUUACGUUGAAACGCCUUUGCUAUUGCUUGUCAGCACUGAAGUGAACUU